AGAGGCUGGCCGCAUACAGUGCCUGUGCAACCUCCGAGCCGACCACACUCGCCACGCACCGCGCAGCAACCAGCAGAACCGCGACGUGCGUGUGUGUGUGUGACCGUGCGAGAAGUGUGUGUGUGUGUGUGUGUGUGUGUGUGUGUGUGUUAGAGAGUCUGCGCCCCCGAGAAACACCAGAGCAUACAACACGAUGACGAUGAUGAGAGUUGCGGUGCUGGCGCUCCUGGUGGCGUGCGCGUGCCUGGUGCGCGCGGCCGAGGACGCCGUCAUCGUGUCGGACAUCGACAACAACGAGGUGCUGCCCGAGAACGACGUGGUGCGGGCGCGAGUGGACGAGGUGCCCGCCAGCGCCCCGGUGACGACGGACUCCCCCGUCAGCAGCACGCCGCCCGCCCCGACGGAGAGCACGCCCGAGACGACGCAGCGGCCCGACGCGGCCGACAAACCCGCGGAGCCGGCGUCCACCACCCCGGCCUCCAAGGACGCGGGGUCCCCGACCACGGGCGCGCCGCCGCGCCAGCCCAGCACCCUCGGCAAGUUCCUGAGCGACAUCAUCCAGAUCCCCAUCGCCGUGCUGCGUUCCGUCGGCAGCCUCCUCAGCAACACCUUCCGCGGCAACGCGAGCGGUUCCACGUCCACGACGCCGUCCCCAGCCGCCCCGUGACUCUCCUGAGGCGUAGUCCACCCGCUCUACCUCGUCCCCACGGGCGGGCCCCUCCCUCGCGACAACCCGACCGAGAAGCACGCGACUCUCCUCAGACCCAGAGUCGAGCAGCUGAUCCCGGCUGAGCCAAGGCACCGCCUACUUAAUGCACCAUGUCGCAGUUGCCUUGGACAUCGUGGAACUUCGCCAUGGAGUUAUAGUAUCAGCGUUUUGCCUCUGAUUUGUUUUCUCUUUCUAAACCCUACAAAAAAAAAUAUUUCUCGUGACAACGAUAACAGAGUCCAAUGUAAAAGUAUGAACAAAAAGCAGUUAUGAGAGGACAGAAACAUUGAGUUCUCGCGCCAAAAAAACCGCUAAAACAGGUAAACUUGUUUACACUUGGACGAGAGAGGAAGUGAACAGUACUUGAUUGUCCGCCGUGGUAUGCGUGGCCUGCAAGUAAUUUGCAAAUGGGAGAAUGGAGGAUAUUUGAAAAGUUCUGUGAUAAUUUUUAUUUUAAACAAAUAUGAUACAAGCAGCAUAUAGCUGAGUGUAUAUCACCCACGUGUUGGGGCAGCGGUGCGCGGACCUCCCCGUGAGGACACUCAUGUGAUACGCUAAGGACGGUCCCCCCGAGGGCUGGCCGCCCUGCGCCCCCGCCCAGCGCCCGCUCUGCAGCCUGCCCUCCCGCUGCCCCUGCCUGACAACACGGCGACAACGCCGAAGUACGACUUGGGGUGCGUACUACGAACGUUGGUGCCAUGUUAAAAUAAUGUAUUUUUUGAUAUAUAACUCUGAUAUUUGUAAUAAUAAAUCUGAUUUUGUUACACAACAAUAAA